CCCCCAGAGGCCAGAGUCAUUGAUGAACUGCACUCUUAACUCUCCACACCAGAAGAAUACACACUACAGUGGCAGCUGAGGCAGAUUAAUGGCCGGACGACAAUACUUCUCCUCCUCCGCCCCCAAAUCUCAUCGAUCUCCGCUCAUUCUCUUCAUUCUUUCUCUUUUCUUCCUCUCUCUUCUCUUCUACAUCUUCACAUCCUCUUCUUCUUCUUCUCCACCUCUCUCUACCAAAUCUCUUGAAAAGUUCUUAACCAACUCCAAAUCUUCCUCUACGCUUUCUCUCGACACUGUUAGAGGCGAUGCUACGGAAAAGGAUGUGAAGAAAUUGGACGAUUUGAUCUCGCAAGUAGAGGACAACCGUCUUUAUGGCAAUGACGAUUCUUUUUAUUCACCUAUUAGAGUUUAUGUGUAUGACAUGCCUUCCAAAUUCACCUAUGAUUUGCUCUGGCUGUUUCACAAUUCCUAUAAAGAGACUUCCAACCUCACUUCUAAUGGCAGUCCUGUUCAUCGAUUGAUCGAGCAACAUUCAAUAGAUUAUUGGUUGUGGGCGGAUUUGAUAGCACCUGACUCCGAGAGGUUAUUGAAGAACGUGGUUAGAGUUUACAAGCAGGAGGAGGCCGACUUGUUCUACAUCCCAUUUUUCACUACAAUUAGCUUUUUCUUGUUGGAGAAACAGCAGUGCAAGGCGCUUUAUAGGGAAGCGCUGAAAUGGGUUACAGAUCAACCAGCUUGGAAGCUGUCUGGGGGUAGGGAUCAUAUCUUACCAGUUCAUCAUCCUUGGUCAUUUAAAUCCGUUCGAAAGUUUAUGAAGAAUGCAAUCUGGCUGCUUCCAGAUAUGGACUCAACUGGGAAUUGGUAUAAGCCUGGACAAGUUUACCUUGAGAAAGACUUGAUACUUCCAUAUGUUCCUAACGUGGAAUGGUGUGAUUCCAAAUGUUUAUUAGCUUCAAAGAGAACCACACUGCUAUUUUUUCGUGGAAGGCUGAAAAGAAAUGCUGGUGGAAAAAUCCGUUCUAAACUAGUGACGGAACUUAAUGGUGCCAAGGAUGUGAUCAUAGAGGAGGGCACUGCUGGUGAGGGAGGAAAAGCUGCAGCGCAGACGGGAAUGCGGACGUCUAUCUUUUGCCUUAGUCCAGCUGGUGAUACUCCUUCUUCUGCUAGACUGUUUGAUGCAAUUGUCAGUGGUUGUAUCCCUGUAAUAGUUAGUGAUGAACUGGAACUUCCUUUUGAAGGAAUUCUUGAUUAUCGCAAGAUAGCUGUAUUCAUAUCAUCUAGUGAUGCUUUGCAACCGGGAUGGCUCUUAUCAUUUUUAAGAAGUAUUUCUCCUACUCAAAUUAAAGAGAGACAAAUAAAUUUAGCUAAGUACUCGAGACACUUUUUGUAUUCUCAUCCAGCAAUGCCAAUGGGUCCAGAAGACUUAGUUUGGAGAAUGAUGGCUGGUAAGUUGGUGAACAUAAAGCUUCAUGUACGGAGGUCGCAGCGCGUGGUGAAAGAAUCAAGAAGCCUGUGCACUUGUGAGUGCAGGCGUCCCAAUAGUACCAGCCCAGGACCCUUGCCUUAAUUGUCAAUUAAAGAGCUACUCAGAUUUUACUUUUUCAAUGUCUUUUCAUAAUUUCCUCUAUCUGCCUUCACCUAUAGUAUUAUUUUCAUCACCUUGUGUAAUUGCCACAUAUAAUGAUAGACUGCAGGAUUGAUCCUGAUUUUGAAGUGAGAAUUGUGUAGGACUAAAAUUAACAGUAAAGCGAAUGUGGCUGGAUCUGGUCCA